AUGCGAGCAGCGGCGCGCCAAGCCCAGCUGCGCAUCGCCGAGCAGUCUCGUGCCGACGAGUCAUGCGGGGAGGACGACGACGAUUUGCAUAUUCGAGAAGCUCCACACGAUGCCCUCGACGACCAAGACCCACUGUUUGACGAUAGCGAUAGAGAAGACGACGACAAUGUUCACAGCUACCUAGACGACAGCGACUACUCACGCGACGAAGACGACGAAUAUAAUGAUACUCCAAUUCACCACCUAAGAGACGACCGAGUACUGCCCAGAAGCAACCCCAUACGAAUCCAACCAGCCAGAGUAUCCAACCAACUGCCGCUUAGAGUCGCGCCAGCAAACCACAAUUACCUGGUUCAAAAUCUCAGAUAUAGCUCUAGAAGGCUUCCGGUCAGAACUGCGACCAUGUCAGCACGACAGAGCAAUGGCAUUCCUCGUCAGAAUAUGCGCGACGCCAUAGUACAGCAAUGGGACCCAUCACGACGACCAAAUGGCCAGUCACAAGCACAUCCUGCAGGAGCUCCGCCUACACCACCUUUAAACGACAGCGAGGAGGAACACGCCGAACGACAAAGGACUUUGCGCGACAAGAUCAUGCAGCAGGUUGAAGAGAAUGGCAUCGAGCGUCCUCAAGGCUACACUGUCUCAUACCACUACAACCGUCGCGUCGAGAAUAUGCAUUUCGGUCGCACACAUCCCAUGAAGCCUUGGCGAUUGACUUUGACCAAGCAUCUUGUCAUGGGUUAUGGCUUGCAAUUUGCCAUGGACAACUACGACGCUCUUCCCGCGAGCAAAGAGACUGUCGCUGCUUUCCACGACCAAGAUUAUGUGGAGUUCCUCUCAAAAGUCUCACCUCAGACUUUCCAAGAACUAUCUCAAAUAUAUGAAGAUCGCAUCCCGCAGAGUUAUCCUGGAGACGUCGUUAGACUCGGCCCCUUCAAUCUAUCUCCGUCGCCUGGUGCUGAUUGUCCUGUUUUCGAUGGUAUGCAAGAGUAUCUCUUCCUAUAUACUGGUGCCACCAUGGAGGCCGUAUCGGCCUUGACGAACAACCAAUCUGAUAUCGCUAUCAACUGGUCUGGUGGCCUCCAUCACGCUCACAAAUCUGAAGCUUCGGGCUUCUGCUAUAUCAACGACAUUGUUCUAGGAAUUCUGGAAUUGCUCAAAUGUCACCAACGUGUUCUCUACAUCGAUAUCGAUGUUCAUCAUGGCGACGGUGUUGAGGNNGAAGCAUUUGCGAGUAGCGACAGAGUCAUGACGCUCUCCUUCCAUCGCUACGGUAUCAUCGACGAGGAUUCAAAGGAAAAACAUCUUUUCUUCCCUGGUACUGGCGCUCUGAACAGCAACGGGAACGAAAACAGCGUCGGCAACCACUUUGCUCUGAAUGUUCCUAUUCCCAAGGGUAUCGAUGACGAUCAGUUCCUACACCUCUUCGAGUCUAUCACUGGUCGCACACUUCAGCACUUCCGACCUCAGGCCAUUGUCCUCCAGUGCGGCGCUGAUUCACUUGGCGGAGAUCGUCUUGGUCAAUUCAAUCUCAACAUUCGCGCUCACGGCGAGUGCCUGGCCUUUGUCAAGAAAGCCGGAGUACCUCUCCUCAUUCUUGGUGGAGGUGGUUACACAGCUCGCAAUGUCGCUCGCGCUUGGACCCACGAGACCGCACUCGCAGUUGGCGCAACCCUCAACGAAGAACUCCCCAUGCACAUUGUGCCUCGUCCCCAAGCAUUCAUGGGCCGAGAACAUGGCGAUGGCCGGCUAUACCCUGAACUCGGCGGCUUCCACAAAAACUAUGUUACGCAGAAGGAGUUGGAUCUGCUGGUCGAACAUUGCCACGAAGAAUUGAGAUAUAUCCAACACGCACCCAGCGUUGUCAUGGAACGUCUACCCAGCCGAGCUCAGAUGGAUGCUGCAAGGAGACAGGUUGAUGACGAGAUGGAAGCAGACCGUGCUGCCGAAAGUGGCAGAGGUGAACGUGAGAGACGUAGACGUGAGAGAGGCACCGGCACACGUGGAGAACUGCGAUGA